CGUGUUUAAGGGCGGAGCUUGGUGGAGUCGUCUUGGGGGAACCGCGGUCUGUGUAUCCGGAGUCAGGAGAAGGAGAGGAAAAGAUCCCACCCUGAAGAUCCAGGUUCCGCUGAAGUUCUCCAGCUCACGCCGCGUGUAGGGAAGAUGAACAGCGUCAUGAACAGCAUACUGAGACACACGGCGCGGGCUGCGGGCGCCCGCUGGAUGUCCUCCUCGUCCUCAGAGGAAGUGCUGAAGAACCUGGAGCAGAUCGUGAAGAAGGACAAGGUGGUGGUGUUCAUGAAGGGAACUCCGGCGCAGCCCAUGUGCGGUUUCAGCAAUGCCGUGGUGCAGAUCCUCAGGAUGCAUGGAGUGGAGAAAUACUCCUCUUACAACGUGCUAGAGAACCAGGAGCUCAGACAAGGUGUGAAGACGUUCUCCAACUGGCCCACGAUCCCUCAGGUGUUCUUCAAUGGAGAGUUUGUGGGUGGAUGUGACAUUCUCCUGCAGAUGCACCAGAGUGGAGACCUGGUGGAGGAACUGGACAAACUGGGCAUCAGAUCAGCUCUGCUUGAUAAAACCACACCCUCUCAAUAAAGUGUGUGUGUGUGUGUGUGUGUGUGUGUGUGUGUGUGUGUGUGUGUGUGUGUGUGUGUGUGUGUGU